AGGGAUUUCGUUGAACGUUUUGUGUGCAAUAAAUCAGUGCUCGCGAUGUAUCUUUUUUUAUUUGAAGAGGACAGACCCAUCUUUAAUAUAAUAUCGGGCUUGCAAAAUUUGUUAUGAGCUCAACGGUUAUUGGGUUAAGUGUAAAAUAACCUAAUACGGCAAACAAGAUGGCUGCUCCCAUGGAGGAAAUAUUUAAAGAUCUAUAUUCGCGUAUUGUUAGUUUACAUACUGACCGACAGCAUGAAGAUUACUUUAAAUUAGUAGAUGCAACACUUACUGACAUGAUCCGUUCACUUUCACAACAUGACAAAGGAUUUAGAAUUGAUGGCCAACUGUUAGAAGUGAUCAAUUGCGUUCUCUCUUCAACAUCACAUCUGACAGAUCAGUCACAUUCAGCAGAGGUGACCUCAUGUCAGACCAACUGUUUCCGCCUAUGUCGAAACCUUGUAGCUAGAGAAACCGAAAAUCAGACUAUCCUACGAGAAACAACCCUCAUAGAAAAUGUGUGCAGAUGCGUGAAUAAUGUUCUCACAAAAAACAGUUGUACAGAAGAUGUUUUAGUGUUACUAAGAUGUGCUGUGCAAUUCUUAGGUAAUUACUGUUCUGGAAAUUCAACAAACCAGAUGCAUGUUUGGCAGCAGUGCAGUUCUUUAUUCAAGCACAUGUUGGCCAUGGACGACAUGAAAUUACGUGAAUACACAAUGAUGGUUGUUCACCUCAUCCUGUCAGGAAACCAGUUUGGCAAGGCCAGGGUGGACACUGCAGCUUCAGAGUUGAUUAUCGGGUGUCUGUCAGUAGCAACACAGACAGAAUCUGAAAAUGGAUUGUUGGUGGUAGAAGACAUAUUGAUGCUCGUGGAUUGUUUCCAGCAGAUUUUCUCAAAGAUACCUGAUGCAGAGAAGCUUCUAACGUUGGAGAUCUGCAUCAACUCUCUGAAACGUCUACCGGAAGAUGAAACAGUGACAGAGGCUUGUGACAUGGGUGUGAAAUAUUCUGUGCCUGAUGUUUCAAAUGUUCAGUACAUCGCGGCUGAUUUUGUCAGCCAGUGUCAUCACAUACCAAACCUGGCUUCAACAAAUGGUGAAAAUGAGUCAAAGAUGUUGUGCAUAGUGAAGGAACUGGAGUGCCUUGGUCUGGCUAGCUCGCAUCAUAGACACUACAACAUACUACAAGAGAAUGAUCAGCUGCUACGUACCUCCAUCCAUCUUUUGCAAAACCUUGAAGAAAUCGGCCAUCAGGGUCAGAAUGUGUUUUCAAACAUAGACAAGGUCACCCGGCAAGCAGAGGUCAACACAGAUCAUCCGGUGUUCGGUCUUAAGCGUGACCUCAUUCGGUUGAUAGGUAACCUUGUGUACCAAAACACAGCGAACCAGGACUUGGUCAGAGAGCUUGAUGGAAUUCCUCUGAUUUUAAAUAAAACCACCAUUGAUGCCAACAAUCCGUUUAUCAGCCAGUGGUCAAUAUUUGCGGCCCACAAUUUGACAGAGGGCAAUGAGAAGAACAUAUCGUACAUUGCGGCGCUGAAAAUGGAGGGUAUCGCAAAUAAUCAGGCUCUACUGGAUGAGUUGGGUAUAUCUGCUGAAGUUCAGGGCGACAAAGUGUUCGUUAAGAAGCAAAGAACUGAAUAAUAACCUUGGAGAAUCGGACAAAAUAGCUUUUAUUGACUAUAAAGACUAAUGUGGCUUAGCUAUCCAGAAAAUCAGGACUUUAUUCAGGACCUUAUCUCUUAGGUCAAGGUCUUAAUUAGAAGUCAAAUGGUCUUUGUUUCCUCUAUCUUUUUAUCAAUAUACAAUUGUUUACCUAUUUUGAGUUUAAAGAGACAGUUAAUAAGUUAUGUACAGAUGAUGUGAUAUGACUCGAUGUGUCUGGUCUGUAAAAAAAAUUGUUAAAUUGAAAAUUAAAAAAAUACCAUAACAUGUAUAUCAAAGCUUUGUUUAAAUGGUUUUAUAAGUCUGUAUACAAUUCUGUAUGGUCUACUUACAUGUACGCUCGAUUAGCAAUUGUAGACUUGUGUACUACAUAAAUGUAUCCCGGGUACUCUUAAGUAUAUUUAAAUGUUCACUUGGUAUGGGAAAUAUAAAAUGUGAUUUGAAUAGUCUCUGUGAAUGUUCACCUCUCCUUGGAUAAAGUCAGUAAAAAACGCAUGAGGUCCAGAAAAAAAACAGAAUAUUGGCACUUGUGGCUGGUAAAACUUGAAUACUAAUGUUGAUUGAAAUCGCUAUUUAAGGAUUGUAUAAAAAAAGAUUGUAAAAGUAUUUUGUAUUAAUUUUCAUUUCAGCAAGUACACAGGUAAAGUUAAAAAUAGUGAAACUGCUUGUAGUCUUGUCUCUUUAACAGAGACCAAACUGAUCAAAUAGUAACUAAAUUGGCCAUAAUGAUAUUGCUUUAAUAUCGACAAUGUAAUGAUAUAACGUUUGUAUAAACAGAUAACAUAACAAGAUUUAUUGGAAUGUAAUGAAAUAUAAAUGUUUGAUAAUAUA